GCGUACUCCCACCAGUCCAGCGUCGUCUCGCAAUCCAACUCAUUACGGAUCGGUCCCCUCUUCCACCCUCCCCUCCUACCUAUCAAGCUGCCAUCGCCGGUGCUCCAGCCAGCAUUAGCAAUUUAGCUCCAGCACGGUGGCGGAGCAGAGCAGAUUUGAAUCCCAGAGGAAGCAGAGCAAAGUGAGAACAGGGACGAGGAUGGCGGCGACCGUCGAUGACCUCUUGAGGCUGGAGAUGCCUGCGGACGAGAAGCGCAUCAUUGCAGAGUACAUCUGGGUGGGAGGGAGCGGUCUUGACCUCAGGAGCAAGCCCCGCACUCUGCCUGGGCCCGUCAAGUCGGUGUCUGAGCUUCCCAAGUGGAACUACGAUGGCUCCAGCACGGGCCAGGCUCCCGGCGAGGACAGCGAGGUGAUUCUCUAUCCGCAGGCCAUCUUCAGGGAUCCCUUCAGAGGCGGCGACAACAUCCUUGUCAUGUGCGACUGCUACACUCCUCAGGGCGAGCCCAUCCCCACCAACACUCGCUACGCUGCCAACAAGCUGUUCCAGCAGGCGCUUGAGACGGAGCCGUGGUUCGGCCUGGAGCAGGAGUACACUUUGCUGGAGAAGGAGCACAAGUGGCCGCUGGGCUGGCCCGUGAAUGGCUACCCUGGCGCGCAGGGCCCGUACUACUGCGGCGUGGGUGCUGACAAGGCGUGGGGGAGGCGCAUCGUGGACGCCCACUACAAGGCCUGCGUGUACGCCGGCGUCACGAUCAGCGGGACCAACGGCGAGGUUAUGCCCGGGCAGUGGGAGUUCCAGGUGGGGCCGGCCGUCGGCAUCGCAGCAGGUGACGAGCUGUGGGUGGCGCGGUACUUGCUGGAGCGGAUUACUGAGAUGGAGGGGGUGAUUCUGUCCCUGGACCCGAAGCCCGUGCAAGGCGACUGGAAUGGUGCCGGGUGCCACUGCAACUUCAGCACCAAGGCGAUGAGGGAGGACGGCGGAUGGGAGCUGAUCAUGGAGGGCGUGAAGAAUCUGGAGCUGAGGCACAAGGACCACAUCAAGGCGUACGGCGAAGGCAAUGAGCGGCGGCUCACGGGCCGCCACGAGACGGCCAGCAUGGACCGGUUCUCGUGGGCCGUUGCGAGCAGAGGGACGUCCGUGAGGAUCGGAAGAGACACGGAGGCGAAGAAGAAGGGGUACAUGGAGGACCGCCGCCCGGCGUCCAACAUGGACCCGUACGUCGUCACCUCCCUGGUCUUCGACACCACCACGCUCUGGAAGCCGUUAUAGAAUGAGGUAUAUACAGUUACAUAGUGUAAAACAACUUGGAAAAAAGAAGCUUGCGAAUCAGCAAUUAAAGCAUUCUCCUUGGCAAAAUCUAUUUUAAGUCAACGUUCAAAAAGUUUCUACUAUUCGAAUAUAGUGUACUGCGGUCCUUGCCCUUCGUCUUAGCAGCUUGAAGGAUCAAUUAUUUUACAAUGAUGCAUUCAUGAGAUAAUGUAGAUAUAUCUAAUCAGUACAUCCCAUUCAGAGCCUGUUCCGAUAGUUGAUUGUCUUCGAAUUGUUCUUUGGAUGAGAGAGAGAGAGAGAGAGAGAGAGAGAGAGAGAGAGAGAGAGAGAGAGAGAGAGAGAGACGUGUAGUUGAGGAAUGAAUAGUGCAAUCGUU